AAUUUAAUACCGAACAUAUCCCUCCAAACCCCAGCACUCAAAACACACACACUGUGUGUGUGUCUCUGCGCCACUGCACAAAACCAGCAGCCACCGCAACUCCGUGCUCCUCCGUUCAAAUUUUAUACAGAAAAAUAAAAUGGGGAAAAGCGAUGAUUCGAUUACCAGACGGAAGAACAAAAAGAGCUUAAAAAAGCAGGAGAAUAAGAAGAGUUCUUCUUCACAGGUCUCCGCUCGCGUCGCCGCCAUCAUCGCCUCCAAGAAGCGCCGCCAGUCCGGUAAACGCCGCCAAUGUCAGGGUAUGUGCUUCAGCCUUCCAACUCCAGAGAAUCCGUUCAACGAGGCGAAAACCGAGCAGACGAAAAAACGGAAGAGAGAUUCAAGAGAGAAUAAGAAGCUUCUAGACAAGAAUAGAUUAAAAAAGAAGUCUUCCAACAACAAAGACGAGGCCAGCGAAAAUCUCAGAGAGACGAAAAUCGCAAAGCCUUCACAAAAUGCAAACAAAGGGAAGUUAGCAUUAGUUUCGAUCAGUUUCAUGGGGCCGGAAAUUGCAAUCGACGUGGGCACACCGUCAUGCCAGGUCAUCAAGUGGGACAAAUCCGACCGUUCGUUGAAAGAACUCGGUUCUGGUAAAAGAAGCACCGAGUCCCCGUCGAAGUUUUUGAUAAUGUGCUUGAAUUCGAUACAGAAUGAGUUGCUGAACGGUGAGGAGGAAAAGGACGAACCUCUGUUUGCAAAUGCGUGGGGGCUCGAGUUUUGGAACUGUUACAGCACUGGUAAAGAUGUGUUGGAGAUCAAUGGAGUUUAUUCGACAAUGGAGCAAAUUGCUUGGAUGGCGUCGACUGCUGCAGAUACCAUUUCGAUGAAGGAGAAAGAGGGCUUGUCGUUUGGUGGUCCGUUUCUUUUAUAUCUAGUGCCUUCUCAAGUCAAAGCUUCCGAGGUACGCCAAGUCUGCAAGCCUUUGAAAGUUCUUGGGAUACAUACAGUGAGCUUGCACUUGGGAGCUUCCAUAGAUCAUCAAAUUAACGGUUUAAAGAGUUGCGAACCAGAGUUUCUCGUCUCUACCCCGGAGAGACUCUUAGAGCUUAUCUCAUUGAAGGCCGUUGACAUAUCCGGAGUUUCCUUGCUGGUUGUUGAUGGACUAGAAGACCCAUUCAAAGGCGCUUACUUUGAUGCAGUGAAAUCCAUAAGGCAACUCAUAUCUGGAAAUCCUAGAACAGUCAUUUUCUGUGACUGCACGACUAAUACUUCCAUUUCCGUCGUGAAAAAGCUAUUGGGUGGAUCAUAGUACCUACGAUCAUCUACAUAUGUCGAGAUUAAGAGCUGUUAUAGGGGCGAUUUGCCUACAUUAGAGACCACUUUAAUGUGAGCGUUGCUUCGACUAUAGCGAGACCGUAUCUUGUCAUAAAAAAAGUGGUAAUAGCAUUUUGUUCUAUAGACGAGAGAUUGCUCUUGGAAACUCGAACAUCUUACUAUGUAACUGCUAUUAGUUAUUUGGAAACGUUUUAUAUUCUUUAGCAGAAUUUUAUAGCACAUUUCUCGUAGGAAUCUGAUGUUAUGUAUUUACAGUGUCAUGCGCAAUUCGAUUUUUAAAAUUUGUUUGCUCGUUUGGUGGAAACGCUUCGAAUUUGGAUCUUUGUUUUCUCUCUUCAGGCUGUAUGCAUUUUGGAUUAGGCUA